AUGCAGGCCUUUUGCCACUUCAACUACGCCGUUUGCGAUAUUCCCCCUACAAUCGAGAUCAACGAAAGCGAGUGGUUCACGCCCAAGCCGGCAUCGGCUAAUGUCGUACCCAUGCCUUCGACAGAGACUUAUAAUGUGCUUCACAUCUCUGAUUGGCAUCUUGACCCACGCUACGAUAUUGGCAGUGAGGCCAACUGUUCGCAGUAUUUAUGUUGCCGGCCGUACGCUACAAACACCAAACUCCACACGACCUCCAACAAUGCCUCUGUCCCAGCUAGCAGAUUUGGCUAUCUCUACUGUGACUCGCCUCCUGACCUUGCACUGUCAUCCUUCACUAGCAUGCAUUCUUUCUUCGAUGUGGACGAUGUCUGCUUCACCAUAUUCACCGGCGAUAUUGUGUCUCACGACAAUGACGACCAGCUUAGCCGGGCAUACAUAGAGUACGAGGAGACCGUAACUUACCAGACUUUCAAAGCCGAGAUGGGCAACAUACCAGUCUACCCAACGCUCGGGAACCAUGAUUCAUUGCCAGAGGCCUACAACACUCAGAACAGUCUCAACCCAACCUCGAAUGCCAGCUCGAACGCUAUGAGUUGGAACUACAAUUUACUAUCUUCGAUGUGGAACACAGAUGGUUGGAUCGACGGAGCUGAGGCUCAGUAUGCUGCAACGCAUUAUGGAGCGUACGCUCACACUACUAGCGAAGGCCUUCGUAUCAUCUCGAUCAACACCGACUUUUGGUAUACCGGCAACGUAUUCAAUUACUGGGACUUCACUAAUCCCGAUACCUCCGGUGUCUUACGAUUCCUCGCCAACGAGCUUGCCACGUCUGAAGCCAAAGGCCAGCGUGUAUGGAUUAUCGGCCACGUCCUCAGCGGGUAUGAUGGUGGGAACGCACUUCCCAACCCAUCGGCGCUCUUUUACAGCCUAGUACGUCGCUACAGCCCUGCCACGAUAGCUGGUAUAUUCUUCGGUCAUACCCACGAGGAUCAGAUUGAAAUAUUCUAUGACUACCUGCCCAAUUCGACUAUCACCUCCGGCAACGACAGUGUCAUACGUAACACGACCAUGGUGGACUACAGCAAACCGUUGAUGAUGGCUUUUAUCGCGCCUUCUAUCACUCCAUUGACAGGUAACAACGCCGGCUACCAGCUCUACCAGAUAGAUCACAAGACCUUUCAAGUCACGGAUAUCCAGACAUACUUCGCCAACGUCUCCGAAUCUUUGACCUGGACAGAACCAGAGUGGCAAUUCGAAUACGACUCUCGCUCAACGUACAACGUGAAUGGCACAUGGCCAGCAGCAGCACCACUGAAUGCUACUUUUUGGCAUGCGGUCACCGAGAGCAUGCUCACGAACCAGAGUCUGGUUGAGAGAUAUAAUUUCUUGGAGACGAAGAGUAGUGUUGUUACCCAGAACUGCUGGACCAAGGCAUGUGCGGUGCAGAAAGUGUGUUAUAUCAGAAGUGGAAGUGCGGCCUUGGGCUUGGCUUGUCCUCAGGACGACGGACCUUUUUGA